UUUCCCUUUCAAGCUGCCGGUCAGCCUUCGACUCUCCUCACCUAGUUUGACAAGAGUCUGGCUAUCGAUCCACACAUAUCCCAAACUCCAACGAAGGUCUCACAUGGACUCGACACGAGUUCUGCACCCGCCGAUGGGUCAGCUGCCAGAGAUGCGCGAAGCUGACGACGACUGGUCCGGACUCGGGAACAGGGCCGAGAGGAAGAGGCGCCAGAACAGACUGAAUCAGAGAGCAUGGAGGAGCCGCCAGGCUGUCAAGUCGCGGACAGCGAGCGCGGAUGCAGCGAGUCGAGGCUACACCUUUGUCUUGGAGGCCUUUGGCCCUGAAGCUUCUAGGCCUUUGGGUCACAGCAGUUGUCAGAGUGUAGCAGCCGACACGGAGGUUGACGUUGACGUUGACGUUGACCAGGACCAGCCAUCCACCGCUGUCGCCACCACCACACACACCACAAAAGCAAAGACACAGCUGAUCCCACCACUCCUCCGCUACAUGGGCGCCGCCGGCAGCCCCUUCCACGCAUCAAAACAGGGCGCCAGCUUCCACAUCACAUUUCCCCUCUCGCCAGACCACCACCUAAUCACCCUGGUGCAGUACAACGUGCUGCGGGCCACCAUGACCAACAUCAGCAUCUUGCGCCUGCAGGACAUGAUGCCACCAACCUGCGACGGCGGCAUCGCCCUGCUCGUCACCAGACAUGACCCCACGUGCGCCCCGCCGCCCGAAGACCUGGUGCCCACGGCUCUGCAGAGGACGGUGCCGCACCCGGGCUGGAUGGACUUGGCGCCCGACGGGCGGAUGCGCGACAACCUGAUCCGGGCGGCGGCGCAUGAUCUCGACGCCGACGCGCUGUGCGACGACCUCUGCGGCGGCCUGUACGACGGCUUCGACGACUGCGAGGCGCGCGGCAUGCUCGUCUGGGCGGACCCCUGGCGCGUCGAGUCGUGGGAGGUGACCGAGGGCUUUGCGCGCAAGUGGGGGUUUCUGCUGAGGGGAUGCCGGGCCACCAUGCGCGCCACGGACCGGUGGCGCGCCUCGCGGGGGGAGGAGCCGAUGGACUGGUCUGUGGUGGAGGAAGCCUGAUGUUGUGGACGGUAGAAAUUACAUUACGUAUAUAGGCAAAUUACAUUACGGACCUUGUUCAAACAAUCUUGGAGGGGGCCAACAACAUCAAGUCAUCAUCAUCGUCAUCAUCACACAUGCUCAUGCUUA